CUCUGUGACGUGAAGUGCAAAGUGCGAAGCAGAUUCCCCAGCCAAUCUACCCCACGUAACCAAAGGCGGUGAAGCAUAAAGUCCCAUGAGAACACGGCAGAACUUGCACAAACCUAUCCAUACCCCUCCACUCACCCCAUUGUUGAACCCAGAUACGACACUUGUGCUCCGUACAAUGUCGCAAAUUCCGCAUCUCCUCUCGCCAUACGUUGCUCUUCCGUCGGAAUUAUCCCUUAUUCUCCUCACUUCCGUCCUUGGUGCGAGCACAAACUGGCUUGUCCUGCGGUACCUUCAAAGCUACCUUGGCCAAAACCUCGAGUCCCUCAGCAUUUCCAAUGAAACUGAAGAUGGAGAUACUACCAAGGUGCUACUUGUUAGCUUUAUGAGAGAUCUGGCGUUUUGGAAGGACGGGGCUCGGAAAUUAGGCCAUGACCUCGAUAAAUUGGCAGCAAAGAAGAGGUUUGCAUUUAUUGAUGGGCUGAGCGAAUUGCUCCUGGAACCUGCAAGGUCGAAGACUAGCACACGUGGCGCAAACGCUAUACGGGGUAACGAGCUGGGGAAUAUACAUAACACCGUGAAUAACACUCUCAAAGAACUGCAGGCCGGCUCUGGGAAAGUGGUUUUAGUGAUUGAUCAGCUUGAUCUGUUACUGGCAACGAGUGGGGAUAAGCUGGAUACGGUGGCUUUGGGAGAUACGUUGAUGGAUUGGAGACUAUCUGCCCAUUCAACAAUAUUGACACUUGCUGCCGAUACACCGUUGGCAGCUGGACAUGAUACACCACUGGAGACGAAUCAUGGGGCUCUUCUAUUGAGCCUUGCCCACCAAGCAGAUCUAGUGAUGUCGUUAAGGCUUUUGGAUACAGGGACGGCUAGGGAUGUAAGUGGGGUGUGCCGGAUUACGACAGGGGAUUCUGACGGUAGAUUGCCAACUGAACAGAAAGCGGAGGCAAGAGAACUGCUAUAUUUUGUGGGGGGUGAUAGUGCUGUCAAGGUGUUUGAAAGAGGACAAUGAUGGAUAUCUGAGGAAGAAUCGGAACCGAUAUGUAAUUUGGAUAGAAUACAUAAUACCACGUCGAAUGAGCCCGUGAUAUAUGGUUAGAAACAAAGGCGUUCAUCUAAAUGUCCUGCCUGGGACCGUCGUCUCUGUCGUAUCUGUAGGACCAGAUCUGUCGAUCGCGAGAGACGAUAGGUAUGGGCUCGAAUCAUUCACGCACUCUGUCCGAACUUGACGUAUUGCAAUUGAUGGCAUUUGCUAGUAGCUCCUUUAUUUGUCGAGGAAUAACACAAGCAGGCACCUAUCGAUCCCCAAUCACUCCGUCCACAAUCCCAUCAUGCCAUAAUGGAACUCCCUUACUCGGUC